AUGGCUUCGUCCCUCCAGUCCCCGUCCCCAAAGCUGGACCGUUACAUUGUCAUCCAUGUGUCCACUACCUGCGAUGAGCAUGGUGUCUAUGUCACCAAGGAUUCGGCAGAGGUAAUCGAGCUGGGGUGGAUUUUGCUGGACACAAAGUCUUGCGAGGAGCUCCACCGGGAGAGCGUGCUUGUCAAACCUGUCAAUACACCCAUCACUCCGCUUUGCACGAGCCUGACUACCCUUACAUGGGAGCAUGUUCGCUCUGCAGGAACCUUUCGUGAUGCCGUCAAUCGGUUCGACGCAUUCGCCCAGGAGCACCUCGUGUCCAAGAACCUCGAGUUUGCUUUCGUAACGCUCGACUCGUGGGACAUGCGAGUCCAGCUUCCACGUGAGGCUCGUGAUAAAGCUGUUGUUUUACCCCCGUAUCUUCAACACUCCCGUACCUUUGACCUGCGGACGGAGUAUCAACGAUGGCAACAGCACCAUCCCGAGUCUCUUCCAUUCGGCCCAAGUGACCUUGCCAAUAUCUGCGCUGCUUUAGAAGUGGAACCCGUCCAAUCCUCUGCUCCUAUCAAACAUAACCUUCCAUUUCACUUGCAGGCACUAGCCCCCGCUUCUCCCCGACGUGCAAUGGAGGAGGCCAUCACGCUAGCACGAGUCCUUCGUGGCCUGAUCAGGAAGUCCCAGCCCGCACAUGAACAUCCUGAGAUUCUGACAAGGCCAAUGGAUGCUAGAGCUGACGUUCGUGCGUUCCUGGCGGAGCGUAGCAAAGUUUUGCAUAUGAGUGGUUUGCCUCAUGACACCACUCAAUCAGAGUUGGAGAGUUGGUUUACACAGUUUGGUGGGCGUCCAAUCGCUUUCUGGACCUUGCGUACCCCAGACCAGCAUAAGCCUACCGGCACUGGAUUCGCAGUGUUCUCGUCCCAUGAAGAGGCCGCAGAGAGUCUUUGCAUGAACGGCCGUGCUUUAAACGAAAGGGCAAUUGAGGUGUCCCCUUCCUCAAGCAGAGUACUUGAUCGGGCCGCCGAGAUACUCACCCCUUUCCCGCCAAGCAAGAAUCGCCCCCGUCCAGGGGAUUGGACAUGCCCAUCCUGCGGAUUUUCCAACUUCCAGCGCCGCACCGCUUGUUUCCGCUGCUCGUACCCUGCCAUUGGCCCUGGCCCAGACCCCAUGGGCUAUGCCUAUAGCUAUGGCCCACCAAAUAUGAUGCCGCCGCCUCACCAUAUGGGCCAUCAUGGUAGCCACGGCAUGGGUCAUGGUAGAAGCAUGGGAGGCAAUGGAGGAGUUGUUCCGUUUCGGGCCGGUGAUUGGAAGUGUGGCGGUGAAGGCUGCGGCUAUCACAACUUUGCCAAGAAUAUCAACUGUCUUCGAUGUGGUGGACCGCGCUCCGGAGCUGCUGUUGUGGCGGACUCCGCUUUCCCUUCUCCAAUGGAUCCGUCGUCGAAUUUCGGUAUGGGACCUGGGUCUAUUAGCAGCACCCCUGGCGCUGCUCCGUUCCCAUCUACUGGUGGAGGCUUCGGCGGGUUUAGCCAGCAGUUCGCUGCCCCUCCGAGCAACUAUGGACUACCUACACCACUCGGAGCUGCACCAGGGCCUUACCCACCGAUGGGUCAAAUGAACACCGGAUACGGAUCGGGCGCUGCGCCAUCUCACUCCGUCACGUCCUUCGGAAACCCGGCGACUCAAGCCGCAUUCACUGGCGCUGACCACGUCCAGCAAUCCGUUGGUGCCGCAAAUGGCGGCUUCUAUAAUAACGAUUCCUCUGCGGAUCCUUUUGCAUUCCUGUCCAGCGGACUCGGCUCCCUCACAGUUGCAGAGGAGACUCACGGCCGUAGAAAUGGUGCUGCUAACAGCAAGUCCUCCGCAUAA